CAAUAACUGCCAGAACCAUCCUUGUCACGGCCCGCCCCGCAUCUUCCAUCCCCUGGAUUCUACUUUCGGGUCCCCCUAUCUCCCUCCCCUCCAUAUUUCUACCAUUUCAAGAGUCCGAAGCACAUACAAGGUACAUGACGAGAGAAUGGAUAACCAUGAAAAAGAGGCAGCCUCAUCCAAAGCCCCUAUAGCGCAAGCCCUCGCCGAAUCUUCGCCCGGUGGAUUGCAUGGUCCCGCGCCGGAUUCCAAUCCUUCCUCGCCGUCGGCUACAUCGCCGGUCCCGUCUUCUCCCAGUGAAUUGCAUAGUCCUGACCCGGACACCAAACCAUCCUCGCCGGCCCGAUCUUCUGUUUCGUCCGAUCUAAGUCAUGUCUCCUCUCUCAGCCACGGAUCCUCCCCCGCGAGGGAGAAACCACCGUCCUCGCCUCCGCCAGGUUUCCCGGACCCGCAGCCGCUGCCGGUGGUGAACGGGUCCGUUCGGAACGAGCCGGUGACAAUGACAAAGGUGGAUCCGGGAGUCGGAAGCGGUUUCGUUGGCGGGGGAGUGGCGGAGGGAGUCGGCCGGCGGCGCGUUAGGCUGUCGCUGUCGAUUCUUAGGAGAGAGAAGAGAGACUCCAUGGUGAAGAAGGCGGCGCUAGGGUUCAGACUGUUUGCGUUGAUUUUCUGUUUGAUUUCUUUAUCAUUGUUCGCCGCAGAUACGAACAAAGGCUGGGCUCUAGACUCCUUCUAUCGAUACAAAGAGUUCAGAUACUGCAUGUCAGUGAACGUGAUAGGCUUUGUGUAUUCAGCUGCCCAAGUGUGCGAUCUUGUUUAUCAUCUUUCCACCGGGAAGUAUAUUGUCCGGAACCAACUUCGUUUUUACUUGGAUUUCUCCGUGGAUCAGGUGCUGACUUAUCUUCUCAUGUCGGCGUCGUCGUCGGCUGCCACCCGGGUGGAGGACUGGCAAUCCAACUGGGGCAAAGACAAGUUCCCGGAUAUGGCAAGCAUAUCUGUGGGGAUGUCGUUCGUGGCAUUUGUGGCCUUGGCUUCCAGCACUCUGGUCUCUGGUUAUACCCUCUGCACUCGUAGAUCUUUGUGAUCAAUUAAAACCAUUGCUUGGGGCAUAGCUGCCACCAUCUGUGUGUUCAUUUUCUUCACAUUUUCGUGGUGAAAUUUUGUAAAAGUGGAUGGGGCUUGCCCUUUUAACUUUUACCAUAUAUAUGGUAAUGUGUAUGUUCAUGUGUA